AUGGAUUAUGUUUCAAUCCUCAGUGAUGAAACAACUGGUACAUUCAGCUGCACCCUGAAGUUCCUGGUGAAGGAUUGUGACCCUAACACUGGAGAGACUGAUGAUGAGGGGUACGAGGAUGAAUACGUGCUAGAGGACCUGGAGGUGACGGUGGCGGACCAUGUCCAGAAGGUGAUGAAGCCAAACUUUGCUGCCUCCUGGGAGGAGGUUGGGGAGGAGAACGAGAUUGAGGACACCUAUGCCUUGUCUUCUAUGAAAUCUUUGCAGGAAGCCGUGAAGACUAUCAUACAGUUCAUGGGGAUGCAGCCCUGCGAGCGUUCUGACAAAAUCCCUGAAGGAAAGAGUUCGCACACCCUCUACCUGGCUGGCGUCUAUCGUGGCGGCCAUGACAUCCUGGUGCGGGCCAAGCUCGCCAUGGGAGAUGGCGUCACUAUGCAGAUCACCGUACGAAGUACCGACCCACACGCUGCAGAGGUGAUCUCGUCGGCUGUGGGUUAAUUAUACAUUCCUCGUACAGGGAUGGUUCAAGAAAAUGGCAGUUUCAGAUUAGAAUAAAAGACUUUAUAUGUAUCACAAAUUAUUAUUUGUUGCUAGGAAAAGGUGCAUGAACUUGGAUUACUUUACUUUCAAAAACUACUUAUAUUGUGCUUAAUAUGCCUUGAUGAGAAAGUUGUAUUUUGUAGUAAGGCAUGAUGACUCAUUUAUUUCAAUGCAAAAAAUCUGAGGUGUUUGUUAAACUUGAACAGACUGGGAAGGGUGUUCUAAAUGCUUGGCAUUCUGAUUUCAGUGAGGGAAGUGAAGUAAAAAAGUAAUUCAUUAUGAACUUUGAAAUGCUGAAUCUUAUAUACGUUCGUCAGCCAAAAUGUCUUUGAUUUAUAUCACUUAAUAUAUAUAACUGUUCAUAAAUGUAUGUUGAAUGUUGCAUUUUGGAAAAAAGUAUCAGAUAAUUGUAGAAAUAAAUAUACA